GAAACGGCCGCACCAACGGCGUGGAUUGAACCUGAAAUAUCGUGUGGAUAAGGGGCAUGGACCAUGGAGUGUGUAUGCAUCAUCCGAGGCAGGAACGAUGAGGUAGAGCGGCUUACCGGAGCAGAGCAGAGCCAUGGCGAUGAGAGCCGCGGCGACCGCGGCGGCGCCCUGCUUCGCCGGCUCGCGACGGCACCCGCGCGUCAGGGCGCAGGCGGCGGCGCCGUGGGCCGGAGGCGCGGAGGAGCUUGUGCGUUCGGGCGCGGUGCGGGCGGUGCGGCCGAGGGACGCGGCGCAGGCGAUGCGAGCGGAGGGGUACCGGCUGCUGGACGUCAGGCCGGAGUGGGAGCGCGCCCGCGCCGCCGUGCGGGGCUCCGCGCACGCGCCGCUGUUCGUGGGGGACGAGGACAUGGGCGCCGUCACGCUGCUCAAGAAGUGGGUCCACUUCGGCUACAUCGGGCUCUGGACCGGCCAGUCCUUCACCAAGAUGAACGACCGCUUCCUCGAGGACGUCUCCGCCGCCGCCGACGGCGAAGGCAAGGACGCCAGGCUGCUGGUCGCCUGCGGCGAGGGCCUCCGCUCGUUGAUUGCGGUGAGGAUGCUGUACGACGACGGGUACAGGAACGUGGCGUGGCUCGCCGGAGGGUUCAGCAAGUGCGUCGACGGCGACUUCGCCGACGUGGAGGGGGAGAGCAAGCUGCAGUACGCCACCGUGGGGGGAGUAUCCUACAUCUUCCUCCAGAUCCUGCUGCUGCUGCGGGUAGUCAAGUGAUUACAUGUACAUGGAUCCAUGUCACCAUGUGGCAGCGGCAUGCCGCGAAGUUCAUGCUUCUCCAAUCCUCUGCCAUUCUCUUCUCUUAUAAAUUUAUAAUUUAGUUCAUUUUUUGCAUGAAAACAUGUCAUGAAAGAUAUGGACCGCAGCAAGUUCAGUUCGGGAUGCUCCGUAAAUAAACACUAUCUAGUUCUAUUUUAAUCGUAAAAUAAGAAAAGCUUAAUUCUCGUAUUCCAGAACACACUCAGAACAGGUCGUAAAGAAA